AUGAAUCGCGACAAAGUUACUAACACUUGUGGUUCGAGCGAUGUAGCAGCAUCAGCAUUCGACUACACAUACGCUCGACAGCUCGUACAAGCAUACUUUGCUAUGCUAACUAUCGGUUGCCAACGUUCUGGCUGUACAAAUGCGUACUGCUGUUCUAAUCCUCAGACACAAGCACUCUCAGCGACAGAAGCUGCGAUCCAAAGUCUGUACUUUGCUGUUAAAGCUCCGGUAUCGCUAUGUAUCGAAAUGGACUUUGAGAAACAACAAUUAACUGAAUCUAUGAAGCUUUCACGACCCAAUCAUUUAAACUUUUUGGCUUCGGCAGCGCAAGCACUUAAGGAAAACAAUCAAGUCGAAGAUAGAUAUUUGUCCUCAAUGACUGAAAAUUAUCAAAGCUCGGAAGAAUUACAACCAGAGACAUCCGAUAUAUUGUUGACUUCUCAAGAGCUGGAUACUACAACAACUUCAACUCUGGAACGAAAGUCGACACCACGGCAACGACUUUCGAUUGCGGUGCAGCUGGACAAUGGUUUUAAUAAAAAUUGUGAUCUCCCAAGGAACAAAUCUCUCGUAAUCUCACAUGUCUGUGUUCAACCGAAGAAUCAAUCAGGUAUCGAUGUCGCAGAUCCUUCCAUUUCUAUAAGUCAAGAAGACGACAUUUCUUUUGACGAACAACAGAAUGAGACUAAGUCAACAAAGGUUACAAGCUCGGUGAAUGAGUUGCGAAAGCGAUUAUUGAGUCGUCCAAAGGAAAAACUGUUUGACGCAAUUAAACGAAGCUUCUCACGUUCAAAAAAAGCACCGCUUGAGUCUGUUUAG